GAUGUGGUAUUGCAAAUUGUCAAGCAGACUCCAGGCCUUUAUGAAGGGUGGGGUCAUAUGCCCUGCUGUUCAGCAGCCCAGCUUCAAAAGCUUAUUGCCUUUAACUGUGCAUGGACACCAUACAGCCUCCAAGCCUCUGAACUGUUCCUGGCAGCAACAUGAAGACCAUUUUGAACUACAAUAUGCUAACACUGUGAUGCGCUUUGAUUAUGUCUGGCUACGAGACCACUGCCGAUCAGCAUCUUGCUACAACUCGAAAACUCAUCAGCGUAGUCUGGACACUGCCAGUGUGGAUUUAUGCAUCAAGCCAAAGACCAUUCGCCUCGAUGAGACUACACUCUUUUUCACUUGGCCAGAUGGUCAUGUGACAAGAUAUGAUUUAGAUUGGCUGGUGAGAAACAGCUAUGAAGGGCAGAAGCAGAAAGUUAUUCAGCCUAGAAUAUUAUGGAAUGCUGAAAUCUACCAACAAGCUCAAGUCCCAUCUGUGGAUUUCCAAGAUUGUUUAGAAACUAAUGAGGGACUGAAGAAAUUUCUGCAAAACUUUCUUCUCUAUGGAAUUGCAUUUGUAGAAAACGUCCCUCCCACUCAAGAACACACAGCAAGGUUGGCAGAAAGGAUCAGUUUGAUCAGAGAAACAAUCUACGGAAGGAUGUGGCGUUUCACUUCAGAUUUCUCCAGAGGUGAUACUGCAUACACCAAGCUAGCUCUGGAUCGGCACACUGACACCACCUAUUUUCAAGAACCCUGUGGCAUUCAAGUGUUUCACUGUCUUAAACAUGAAGGAACCGGUGGCAAGACAUUGCUGGUAGAUGGAUUUUAUGCAGCACAACAGGUACUGCAAAAGGCACCUGAGGAAUUUGAACUCCUCAGCAAAGUACCAUUGAAGCAUGAGUAUAUUGAAAAUGUUGGAGAAAGUCACAACCACAUGAUUGGAGUUGGACCAGUGUUAAAUAUCUACCCAUGGAAUAAAGAGCUCUAUUUGAUCAGGUACAACAACUAUGACCGGGCUGUCAUCAAUACUGUACCUUAUGAUGUUGUCCAUCGUUGGUAUACUGCACACCGCACUCUAACACAAGAGUUGAGGAGACCUGAGAAUGAAUUUUGGGUCAAAUUGAAGCCUGGCAGGGUACUAUUUAUAGACAACUGGCGUGUCCUACAUGGCAGAGAAUCCUUCACUGGCUACCGCCAACUCUGUGGCUGUUAUUUAACUAGAGAUGAUGUCCUAAACACUGCUCGCCUCUUGGGUCUUCAGGCUUAACAGCGACAGCAUUGUGAUUAAGAAUACACAUGGCACCCUGGUUACCAGAAUCUCACAUAAGCAGAAUAGUAAUUGUGCUAGAAACCUACUUCGGAUUGUCUCUUUGUCUCGCCUCACAACACAGGAGCUGCCCCUAUCUCUGGAAAGGGAAACCUGUUAGGGCGGGGGAGGAGGGUGGCGCUCAGAGUAGCCUGCUGUCAGCUAUCUAGUGUGGCAGCUUUCGUCCCUAACAAUGUAACAUGGCCCUCUUGUUUGAUUGUUUUUUUUAAGCCUUUGCAUAUAAUACUGACCAGUCUGCUUCAGAAACACACUCUUCAUAUUUGCAAGAGAUCAAUAGCAGCCAUUAGAACAGUUAGAAGGAAAUCAAUUCUAGAAAUGACAGUAUCUUGAUAAACAAGCAGUAUGCAGAUUUGGUGAUCUUGGACACCUUACCACUACCAAUAGCUAUUGAGGACCCCAAAGAGUCCUUGGGUGUGGGUUAUAACUAUUGACACUUAUUAGACACUUAUUAGACAUUAAGACAGAAAUGUUGAAAACCCAAGAACACAGAAGAACACCCCCCUCAGCUACCAGACAGACAACACAUUAUCACAUGCCAUGUAACCUCUGGAAAAGUCCUCUGUACAUGCAUUGACAUGGUAAGAGUGAAAAAAGAAGGUGCCAUCUUAGUGUUAUUGUAAAAAUGGCUUGUAACAUACCGACCCAUUAGGGAGCCCUCCAGGGGGCACAUUUUUUGAGAAUUGAUGAUCCAGAAAACAUCUUGGACAGGCAUGUACACAGGCCUGUGGAUGAAAGGGUUUACCAGAAACCCUAGAUGUUUCCUCUAGAGUCUUCUAGAGCUGCAGACACUGUAGCAAUUGCUUGGUAGCACAAGCUCAAUGAUGAUGCAAAAAUUGAAUUCAGCUACAGUGUCAACGAUAGUGUUUUAACUCCUUGAAAGAGUUAUUUCCAUCCAAAUCAUCUCUCAAGGAGCUAGAUGAGCCACAACAGUUGCUGUGGAACAAUCAGUUUGGUAAUUAUGUGAUGGACAAUUGCAGAAAGUUUUCAGAGACUUUGGAGCAUCAGUAUGCUAAGUCUUCACAUAGACCUUUACACACACAACAGAGCUACCCCACCUGUCCCUGUCACCCUGGCCCCCGAUGUACAUCAAGACAG